AUGGCACCCACAAGCGAGAAGCGCAAACUCGAAGACCCCAAUGCCCAACAACCGACCCCAGACACGACCGACAAACGCCCGCGCGUGAUCGGACCCUCUCUUCCACCUCCUCAAGCCUCCAACCCCAACUCCGACAACAGUGACAGCGACAGUGAUAGCGACGACGACGACUUCGGCCCGACUCUACCCCCGCCUGAAGGCUCAGUCGACAUUUCAGCCGCGACACAAGCCGCAACAGCGCUAGCGAACGCGGAGAAAGAAAAAGAAGAGCAAGCAGCAGCGAAACCGCAACGCGACGAGUGGAUGCUCCUACCGCCUGAGACCUCAGAUUGGGGAUCGCGGGUUGAUCCGACGAAGUUGCGGAAUCGGAAGUUUCAGAGUGGGAAGGGGGCGGGCUCUGGUGGUGGGAAAGGUGGAGGGGUGGAUGUGUCGUGGACGGAGACGCCGGAGGAGAAGUUGAAGAGGUUGCAGGAUAGUAUUUUGGGGGUUGCUGCGCCGGGGGAGGGGAGAGUGGAUGGGGGUGGGGGUGGGGAGGGAGAUGAGGGGGGAAGGUCGUCGGAGGCUAUGAGGGAGAGGGUUGAGAGGUAUAAUGAGGCCAAGCGGAAAGAUAUUGCGGCCGAGCAUGAGAAGGAGAGGAAAGCUAGGGAGGAGAAGAAGAAAGAGGAGGAGGAUGAUCCUAGCAGCCGCGCUUUUGAUCGAGAGAAGGAUAUGGCUCUGUCUUCGAAAAUUACGGCGUCUCAACGGAGGGAGAUGAUCAAUAAGGCGGGUGAUUUUGGAUCGCGGUUUACGAAGGGGAAGUUCCUCUGA